AUGGUCGGCAUCUGGUCUUAUGCCAUAAACUCGAUGUGGUUCGUGGGCGUGCUCUGGUUCCUGAUGACCCUCGGCACUGGCCUGGCGAAGGUCCUGUGCGUCGUGCGCCCCAACCAGAAGGAGCGGGCCCGCCUCGCGCAGCUCACCUCCAGGUGCCACGUCCUGCGCGGCGGCGAGUGGGUGGACGUUCAGGCCAGCGAUAUCGUCCUCCGCGACGUCGUUCGCAUCGACGGUGGCGCCUCCGUCCUCCCGUGCGACGGCAUCCUGCUGGAAGGCGCCCUGGUGGUGGACGAGUCCACGCUCUCCGGCGAGCCGGCGCCCGUGCAGAAGCUGCCCGCGGAGCGCUCGAGCACGAGCGCGGCGCCGAGGUCCAGCCUGGCGUUCGCAGGCACGACCUGCCUGCAGUCCGCCGGGCCCCGCGACGGUCGGGCCGUCAUGUUGGCGACGGCGGUGGGCGCGCUCACGGCCAGGGGUCGGCUGGUGCGGGCCUCCCCGGCGCCUCCUGGCGUGCGGUUCAAGGGCUGCGACCAGCUUCCCGUGGUGUACGCGACGCUGGGCAUCUACGCCAUCGGCCUGUUCGUGGUCCAUGCCUUCUACCUCAACGCCAGGAGCUGGAUCACAAUGUACAUGCAGCUGCUGAACAUCGUUGCCAUGUGCCUCAACCCCAUGCUCCCUGUCAGCCUGGCGAUGGGCCAGUCGCUGGCCGCCGCGCGCCUGCGCGGCAGGUGGCAGAUCAACUGUCUGCAGCCCUCCCGCAUCCCCGUCGCUGGAAGCGUGUCCACGAUGGUCUUCGACAAGACGGGCACUAUCACGGAGGGCGGGAUGGACUUGGACAGCGUCAUCGACGUGCAGGACCGGUGCUUCGGAAGGCGCUACAAGUUGGGCGGGUGCCCGUCGGGGCCGUCCGCCGACGCGGGUGCCGUCGGCCACGAGCUGCCUGCGCACGCGCGCCGGGCGAUGGCCAGCUGCCACGCCGUCGAGGCCUUGGAGGACGGCACGCUGGUGGGGAGCCAGUUGGAGGUGGCCAUGGUCCGCGCCUCCGGCUGGCAGCAGGUGGCGCAGGGCGUGGUCCGCUCCGCGAACGGGAAGGAGUCGCUCGAGGUGCUGAGGCGCCUGCGCUUCGACGACAGGAGGGCGCUGAGCGGCGCGGUCGUCCGCUGCCCACGAACGAGGGAGAGCUACGUCUACCUCAAGGGCAGCCACGAGGCGAUCCAGGCGGUGGCCACGCCCUCGUCGACGCCCUCGGGCUACGCAGGGCUGGCCGAGCACUGCGCCAAGGAUCCGGAUGGGUUCUACACCUUGGGCCUAGCCAUGAAGUGCUUGCCCCUCAACCUGUCGAGCCAGCACAUCGCGGACAUGCCGCGGAGCUCUCUGGAGGCCAACGUCGGCGUUUGUGGGCUUCUGCUCUUCCGGAACGAGGUGAGGCCCGAUUCAUCCCAGGUCUUCAAGGAUUUGAGACAGGGCUCGAUCCGAUCGGUCAUCUGCACUGGAGACGGCGCGCUGACGGCGAUCUCUGUCGGCAGGCGGUCUGGCGUGGUCACCACAUCUGUUGUGCUAUUGGGAGACGUUCGCGACGACACCCUCCUAUGGAACCCAGACUCUGGGAGCUCUUGGGACGCGGACGCCGUGGCCUCCUCCGACUGCCAGCUGGCCGUCACCCGGCCGGCCUGGAGAUACCUGCGCGAGCGCGGGGCGCUGCUCGAGCCGCUGUGGACCAGGCUCGUGGUGCUGGCGAGGACGAUGAGGCCCGACGACAAGGCCAGCGUGGUCAGGUAUCUCCAGAGCCGUGGCCUCGUCGUGGGCAUGUGCGGCGACGGCGGCAACGACGGCGGGGCUCUGCGGGCCGCCGACGUCGGCCUGGCCCUGUCGGACGCGGCGGCCUCGAUGCCUCGAGGCCUCGACGGCCUCGGCUUCUCCGCGGCCGGGGGCGCCGAGUCCCCGGCGCUGGUGGUGCACCUCAUCCGCCUCGCCACCGUCCAGUACUUCGUGGUGCACGCGCUGGCCACCACCGGCAUCGGGACGGCGCUCGCGAUCUGGGAGGGGAUCGGCCUCGGGGAUUUCGCGUGGCUGGUCGUGGACGUCGUCAUCGGCACCCUGAUGGCCGCGGCGAUGACCUGGUCGGGCCCCAGCGACAGGACGGCGGCCGCCGCGUUGUUCCCCUGCGCCACCGCGCUGGUCGCGCUGGCUGCGGGCUUCGCGCUACUGUGGAGCAAGGGCUGGUACCGCAGGCUCAAUCCCGUCGCGGACCUCGGGCUCGACGAGAGCCAGUGGUGGCUGAGGGGCGACAACUACGACGCGCCUGUUGGGCUCGUCGUGCUGCUGCUCGCCCUGGCCACCACCGCCUUCGUGAACACUUACGGGGGCAGCUUCCGCCAGAGCGUGCUGCGCAACUGGGGCGUCUGCUUCCUGCACGCCCUGGUCCUCGCCGUGCUCUUCUGGUUGGUCCUGCGGGGGCCCUCGCAGUUCGGCUGCGUCUUCCGCGUGAACUGCGACACGAGGCACUCCCUCUUGAGCGCGCGGGAGCUGUGGCCGCUGGGCCUCCUCUCCGAGGGCUGGCGCCUUCGCGCCGCCAGUGGCGUCGGCGGCUGCUUCCUGGGCGCGCAGCUGCUCGUGUGGCAGAGCGAGCUGGCGGCCGCGAACUACUCGGACCCGCUGCACGGGAGCGCGAGCGGGCGGUGGCUGCCGUCCAAGGACGAUGAUUGCCGCCCCCCCGCCUCGCACGGCACCGCUCCCUACGGGGACCCGCUGAUCUCGACCCUGGGGUGCGAGGGGCCCAACAAUUGCUACGACAGCCGGUUCUCGUACGAGCUGGCGGCGGUGAUGGUCGCCUACGUGGUCUCGAACCACCUGUUCGCGAAGGGCGCGGACCUCGGAGCCGCCGCCGGCGCAGACGGCGCUGCCGACGGGGCCACGGCGGAUUUGUUCCAAGCGGUCGCAGAGCGCGCAGCGACGAAGAGCGCGGAGUUCACGGUGGAGCUCCUGCACACCGUCGCGCGGGGCGUCCUCGACCGCGUCGACGACUUCACGCCGCAGGACGUGGCAAACACGGCCGCGGAGGCGGCCGCGGGGCCCUCGCCGCCCUGA